GUGCUAACAGCGCAUGUUAGCAACUAAAUCAACCAACAUAAUUUUACCUUUAUUUUUCAACGCUACAAGUCGUAUUACACUAAUGGAGUUUCUUGGGUCGACAGAGAAAAUAAACGACCCAGGCCUGCCUCUUUCAUCUCUUCGCCUCCUGGUGCCCCCAUUGCAGCUUCUGUCUGCUGCUAUGUGGCAGCUGGCAAAGCAGAAAGAUGUGAUGAAUUAUGAGAAGCUCCAGGAGUUUGUGCUCAUGGUUACAGAGGCAGUGCCAGGACUGAUCAACCACAGACAGAGAGCCCAGCUCAUUCUGGGUCUAAGAGCAAGGUUGAUCCUGGAGCUAUGCAAAGGCUCAGCACGAGGUUGUGUUGAUACUCAAGUGAUCCAGAGCUAUUUGGACAAACUCCCAGUAACUUCUGCAAACAUAGAUUACAGGGACGCAGAGGUGAAAACAACAGAGUCCACAUUCAUUGCACUUGUUCAGAGCCUACUGAAAGAUCCAAUUGAGAGAGCAUACUUCUUCCAGGAGGUGUUCCCAGUGGAAUAUGGGCAACAAUAUGAUGCAGCGCUGAAUGUGUUACUGUGGGAGUUGCUCUCAAAAAUGGAAAAACUGCUGCCAGUACCAGACCUUAAACAGACUGCAGCCUGGCUCAGCUCUGCACCUUCUGUUUUGGAGGAAUGUGUUCAGUCCUCACAUGAAGAGCUGAGCUUGAUCUUUGAGCACUACAAGAGUUCAGGACUACUGAAAAUGCCAUAUGGCCCUUCAUCCACCAUUGGCAGCUGCAUCAUGUCUGCUUUAUCCAUUCCUCCCUCGCAAAAGACAAACAUCUCAGUUGGACUGGAAUCAAUCCAUAAUUAUGCUAAUGUGCUAAACCCUGUGACUUUUGUUGGGGCGGACCAGUACAGUGUUGUGGCUGUUUACACUGAGGUGGAAGUUGGAGGGUCUGAAGUGGAUGAGGAAAUAAUCGAGUCAGCUGAAGUUCAGGUUCACACAGAUUUCUAUGAAGAGGAGAUUGUAGCUGUAAGUGCAGAUAAUGCCGGUGGCGAGGAGUCUGCCAGCUUGAGAGCAGAAGAACCAAGUGAAACUGUGGAUGUCGCUAAAGCGCUGGAGACUCUGACAAAAACUUUUGCACUAAGGAAGGAGAGCCUCGGUCAAGAUGUGUUGACAGGAAAGAGUAAUGAUUCAUCGCUGAAUGAUGAGUGUGCAUCAGGAAAUGCUACAGAUGAAGGAAAAACAAAUGAAUUAUAUGAAACAAGUGACCAAACUGAUGAUAAAGUAGCAACAACUGAAGAGGUGACGGAUGAAGCUGGAGGCACAGAGAGCAAUUACAACUCCUCUGGUACAGAGCUGAAGGAUGACCACGAAUCCCUCUCUGGCCACGAAGAAAUAAUGGCAGAUGUCUCCAGUGAACCUCCUGUUUCUGAAACACAGCAGUCUGCCAGCUCGGCUAACACCCGCAGAUCCUCUCGCCUACAAAUGAAGACCUCACCUAAUUGGCAGGAGAUGCAUAAAUUCAAGAGAUCGUCAAAGGACACGACAGAGGAACCAAAAAUGAGCAAAGCUGAUGUAUCAGUUGCCCCCUCUGUGAUAGCAGUCAAAGGAAUCGACAAAGGGGGUUCUAAUGAAAUGACUACCAUCAUCUUCACCUGCUCACAGUGUCCCUUCCACAGCUCAGAUGAAAACAGCCCUCCUCACUUCCACAUGCAGACUGUUCGAACAGAAGUGUACAGGACUCCCUCAGAAGCCAAAUUUACACCGUCUCCCUCCAGCACUGAUGAAAUAUUUACAUCUAUUAAACUCUUCCCCAAAGGAAAUGCAGAGCAGAGCAAAGCAGAUCUGCCUGAUGAUCAAAGCAAAGUCAACGUUUCUCAGUCACGGGGCAAACAGAAAGCCCUCACAUGUGAAACAUGCGGUAAGACGUUCACUCGUACGUCAGACGUCAGGAGGCACCAGCUCACUCACACUGGAGAGAGACCUUUUCAUUGCUCGCAGUGUGACCGAACGUUCCAGCACUCGUGGGAUCUGGCAAAGCAUGAGAGCAAACAUCGCGGCGUGGCCAUCUCUUUCCCCUGCCAGCUGUGUAAAUGUUCCUUCGCCAAUCUCCGCGCAUUAACCGUCCACCACAAGAAGUCUCACUCACAGGAGUGUGGGCCACCGCAGAUCUGCUCCAUCUGUACCCAGAGUUUUGCAACUUCCUCUGAGCUGCUCGAGCAUAAGAAGUCCCACGUCACCAGUAAACGCUACAUCUGCCAGAAGUGCGGCGAGGGCUUCGACUCCCUCCUUGCGCGCUCCCAGCACCGGCAGAUACAUCGAGUGAAGCCUCAGUUUAAGUGUCCGCAAUGUGAGAAGACAUUCACUCGAAGGUCUGAUGUAAAGAGGCAUCUGUCCACUCACACUGGGGAGCGUCCUUACCACUGUAACCAGUGCAACAAACAGUUCUCACUCCACUUCAUGCUCAUGAAACACCUCCGUGUUCACACAGGCGAGCGGCCUUUCCAGUGCUCCCACUGCCCAAAGAGGUUCACGCUGGUGCCUGUGUUGGCCAGACAUGAGAGGAUGCACACUGGGGAGAAACCUUUCCUCUGCUCCCAGUGUGGGAAGGGUUUUUUGUCUCAGGGAGAGCUUUCAAAACACCACACGUCACAUGUGGACGACAGACCCUACUCCUGCCCUCAGUGUGGCAAGUGUUUCAAGAGCAAGAAAACCCAGCAGGAACAUAUCAUCACCCACAUGGGAGCCCGCCCGUACCCCUGCACCUACUGCGGGAAGGGCUUCACCAAACCGCACGCACUGACCAGACACAACCUCAUUCACACAGGAGAGAGGCCAUUCCCCUGCACACACUGUGAGAAGUCGUUUCUCACCCUCACCGAGGCCCAGCAGCACCAGCGAAUUCACACGGGGGAGAGGCCAUACGCCUGCAAUGUCUGUGAACUCAAAUUCAGGAGUUCGUCUGAGCUGGCGCGACACAAACGCAGUCACUCAGGACAGAAGCCACAGAAGCCGUACUGUGAGCAGUGCAUGAAAACAUUCACAUCUAAGGCAAAGCUGCAGAAACACAUGGAGACACACAGAGAGGAGGGAGAAGCUGCACAGUCUGUCGACUCCAUACAGCCUAAGGAAUCAAAUAUCUGAAAAAACAAUAGAGACUAAUUCAGUGGUUUAAUUAGUGGAAUCGUCAAAAAGAAUAUUUCAGAAUAAAUAAUAAAGUUAGUGGACAAGGAGAGUUUGGUACUAUUGCAUCCUUCAACCUUUUGAGGAAUUUAAGUUAAAUUUACACUUAUCAUUUUGACAUAUCAAAGUUUGCUUUGAAAUUUGCAACAGGGAAAUUACAAUUAUGUUUAGAAUAGUUUGUUUUAACUGGAAACCUCAAGUGAACUAAAUUAAUUAAAUUGAUUUUUCACUCCA